CAUUUUUUCCUAGGAAGGGACGGAAGAGAUGGUCAAAACGGUGAGAUAACACGUCGCACAUAUCAAUAUAACCAUGUUUUCACUAACUGACACAAUGUUGACGAUUCAAGACCCAGACUCACGCCCUCUGGCCAUAAAUGGAAUAGUAGAUUGCUAGCGGGAAAUACUGCCAUAGGAACUUAAAGUAGCCAUUUAAGUUCCAUAUUACAACCGAGCGAAUUAAUCUGAGAAAAUAUGAGAAGUUCUAACUAUCGAUAGUCGAAAAGGGAACCUUCUUUAAAAAUGAUAACGUAGUCAGAGCUGGGAAUUUUUGAUUUAGAUGGUGUAGAAAAAUAAAUGAAGUAUUAAACGUGGUACACUGACGUGGCAUUCAAAAUUGUUGUCUUCUACCGUUCUUUUGCCUGCGUUUUGUCUUUCUCUUUCUCUUUUCUGCUCAACAGGCAUUAAAUAAUUUUAUUUUUUUUCACACCCAAGGAAAGGAUGGUCGUGAUGGAAGAGACGGGAUCAACGUGGGAAACGGAAUGAAGGUAAAAAUUUUAAAAAGGAAUAAAGUUUUUUUCUGCCAUUAUCAAAUCGAUGAUAAAUUAUUCCUGGGAACAAAGAUGGAUAAGCCAGAGGAGAACUUUUAACAACACCGGACAAAAGGCUAAGAUUACUCAAGUUCCCUGCAAUCCGAGAUUUCAGCUGCCUCCAAAAAACACGCUUGUUUAACUCCAGAGUCUGAUAAAUUAUGUUUGGAUCAAAGAUCAAUAAGACAGACGAGAACUUUUAAGAUUACUCAAGUUCCCUGCAAUACGAGAUUUCCGCUGCCUAAGAAACAUUCCUCAAAAAAAAAAACGCUUGUUUAACUCAAGAGUCUAUUUUCUGUAGUAAAAGGGAGGGACGCAGUACCACCUUAGUCUGUUCUAAUUAUUAGUUACAUAAUUAGAUACAAAAUUUCGGUUAAAAUCUGACGAAAUCUCGGUGGUAAAGGCCAGUCUUCAAUUAAAGCAUUACAGAGAAGGAGAUCUGAGUCUUCAAGUUUCCUCAACCCUAGAUUGGUUUUUUUGUGUUUUUCAGGGUCAAAAAGGAGAACGUGGCUCACCAGGAAACAACGCAGGAGGUGUAAUUAAGUUUAGCGAUGCCGCUAAGAAAUGUACCGCAAGCAUCGCCGGCACUGUUAGUUACAAUACUUCCCAGAAAUCCUUGCAACUCUGUGAUGGAAGUGUUUGGCUGCCAGUUCUGACUGUUGGAAAAGGUUACAUAGCGGAUAGACCCGGCCGCCAUUGUUUGGAUAUUAUAAAUUCUGGUAAGCUUAAACUGUGUUAAAUAAAUAGCAUCAAUAAGGGACUGAGGAGAGUAAUGAUGGUUGUAAGGAAUGCUAGGAAGCAGCUGGUCUGCAAUGCAGGCGUAUAUUUUGGGGGCGAGUGAAAGCUGCUUUUUAAAGUUUGUAAUGUCGGGGACGCCAUCUUAUUACAGAGGAUGAUUGCGGAGAGUAGAAAUAAAAACCCUUGGGGUAGGCAUAAGGGCGAAAGAAAAAGAAAAGCAUGGAUUUGGGUACUGGGGAAAAAACUGUCAUCCAAAGACGUAUUUCUUAAAUAAGCCUACGAAAGUUUAUCUUAUUAAUUAUUAUAUAUAAACAAUCAUCUAAAAUCAUGAUAAUCAUUUUUCAAUACAUUUAUUAUCAGGCCAAAGUCAUGGCAGCGGCCUUUACUGGAUUGAUCCAAACGGUGGCUCGACAGCUGACUCAUUCCAAGCCUUUUGCGACAUGGAAACUGAGCGUGGAGGUUGGACCCUAGUUGCAACAAAGGUCUCCCCAGGCUUCCUCUUCAUCAAAACUGUUUUCUCGGCAGUGGCCGCUGCAACUAAGAACAGAGAUGCCGCGAGUCACAUACAUCCAAGCAUGGGGAACUGGAAAGAGGUUAUGUUCCGCUUUGCUGACGUUGAUACCAUCCGAGUCAUUUACAACAGAAAGGUGGGCGCACCAAACAAAGACAAGGAGGAAUUCGACAAGUUCUUGAUUGGGAAGUCUAUGACUUUGGUAAAGAAUGUGAAUGGAUUUUAUAAGUACAGUCCAGCAGAUAACAAAAGAAAUCCCGGCGUGGGUUUUGCCACCAUAUCCUCUUUCCACUUCCGGUCAAACGAAGGUAUCUCAGAGAGUCACAGUGGCACCGAUAAGUGGCUUGACAUGUGGCAUCAUGUAGACGGCUCCGGAAACAACUACAUCUACAGCGAUCACAGCAGGGCGCUGGGCACCAAAUGUAUCGCGGGCUACUGUUAUCUGAACAAGCCAAUCUGGGUAAUGGUGCGCUAG